AUGAAUAGCGCUUUCCGCCAACCCAAGUCCUCGCUCCCGGAUUUACAGUGGUCUGUAACUACUUUUCCAUCAAGUGGCUCGCUCCGGCCGUUGGCCGAGGUCAGAGAGUUGGUGACGGUGAUCCGGGCCCGGACCCGGGCCACGAGCGUGGGAGAGCGAAGAUCCCUCCGCAGGUACGGCCCGUUCGAAGCCAGGACGUCUCCAAGUGAGAACCACCACCCGGCCAACGGAUACUCCGAAAACCCGUCACGGUCAGCCCUAGCCAACCCGGAGUUGUGCCAGUCGGAGCUAGCGCGCAAGUCUUCGUCUUUCGCGUUCUGGCUGUUCCGGCUGAUUCUCGCGCGCUCGACCGCCGAGGUCGGCAGCCGCACCCGGAGAGCCGGCGUCGAGACCAAUGGCCAGUACCUGAACGACUGCGAGGUCGGCCGGACGUCCGAGUUGUGUACGGGAAUCGGGGGCAAGGCGCUGCAGGAGCCCGUGUGGACUGAGCUCGUGCGGAAGCUGGAGGCAAUCCAGCCUGUUGUGCCGAGCAACUUUUAG